AUGGAGAAAGAACCAGCCGUCCGCACUGGGGGUUUCCAACACUGGGCCAUAGCUUUUGUCGUUUGUAACUUCAACGUUGAUAUCGGCCCAGAAGUGGAGAUUUUGUAUCCGCCAGACGUCCCUUUCACGACGGCGGACUUGAGUGCCAUAUGCUUCAACAGCUUCCCCGAACAGCAAAACACUGAGACGGCAGACGACCUGGCGUUCAACUUUGCCAUUACCAACAACUCCCCUGACAUCAGGCUGACGUCGCCAAAUGCCCCUCAUGGUAGUGCUGACACCUUCUACGGCUCAUGUGUCUUCCGCCAGGAGUUCGACCAUAACAUGAAGAGGAGUUUCAACCAGAGGACUUUAGUUCUAAUAUCCCACCACAACUUCACCUCCCUAUACAACCGCAUCCUGCAACGGAUGACAGAGUCGGGGGUUAUUAGCGACCCUACGACUUUAGAGGCGGCCUACUCGCAAAUGGGUACCUGGGCGCCUCCUGCUCUAGGGCGCCAUGACCUCCCGUUCUUAGGAAACAUGUUGACGUUGGACAUCGCACCGCACCCAUCUUUCCCUCUUCAGGGCCUCCCAGGACCAACUCCUUUGAUAUCGGAUAUACGCUACGCCUACGAACCCAUCGGCUCUUGGGACAAUGUCAUGCAUUACAUGCCCUGCAUCACGGACCUUUACGUACUCUACGAGAAGCUUGUUCUUUGCGAGAGUGUCAUCGUCAUCGCCAAAUCACCACAACUGGCGAGCGAAGCAGUGUCCUCUCUCGUGGACCUGAUUUGCCCCAUCCCGUACGCUGGGGUCAUUAAACCAUACAUGACCAUGCAAGCCGACUUUAAGAGUAUUGGUAUUGAUGGUGGAACUCCCAGGUCGUUCAUCAUCGGUAUUACGAACCCUUUCCUUCUCAAGCGCAUCGUCGCCGCCGCCGAAAGUAGCCACCGUAUGAGGCCGCAUAUCCUGUACCUUCAGAACUACGAUGGGCCAGUACCAACAAGACGCCAUCACUCCAUACACCACAAGUCCAGUCGUAAUGCGCUCCUAGACCUUCCCGGUGGUGGUAUCGAAGUUCACACGCCUUCCAAGCGCUUCCUUAAAGCGGAACCGACUGUUGUGUCGCAUAUUGAAGCCCUCCUCAAGCUAGGGGACCAAACGCACGAACUCGGACCGCUCAUUCGUCGCCAUUUCGCAGAGCUCACAGCCCAGUUCGUUGCUCCCAUCAACCGCUACCUCGCUACAUCGAACGUCGUCACACCAGGUGGAAACCAUCGCUACGCUAGUUUUCACGUGCCAGACUUCUUGAGCAGUCUGAGCAAACAUGGAACCAGCGUCAAGUUUCGCGGUCAAGGACCAAUUCAGCGCCAUCGGGCAAGGAACGGGUUGUACGAGAACUUCUGUAGCUCACCAAAUUUCUACUCGUGGUUGGAAAUGAAGAUCUCUCUUGAGAAUGAGGCUUCGGCAGGAUUGCUGGGGCCUACUGUUGCGUCUGCGUCUGCGGGUGGCUGA